CUGGGUUAUAUAACUGAUCCAAAACUUAAGUGAAGGCCAGGAAAAAUUGAUGGGAAAAAAACAGCUUUUAGGUCAGCAUGCGCAACAGCAAAUGGAAAAGGCAGUAUCUGAGCCGAUAGCUCUUUGUGCCCUUAGGGACAGUGAUGUGGUAGCCGAACUUCAUUUCUAGAGAGACUGCGGCAAGCCAACGAGGACUCAAAGCAGCUGGAAUCGACGAUGAGGUGCCCACCAGGCUUUCUCCUUUGCUCACUGCUUCUGGUGGCCCCUCAUUGCACAGAGGUGGCUGCUGAGGAGGUCCAGCCCGACCCCAAAACGCCGUGUGCCAACUGGAUGGGAGGAGCGCCCGGUUACCCCGGCCACAACGGGCUCCCUGGCCGAGAUGGGAAAGACGGACAAGACGGAUUAAAGGGAGAGAAAGGAGAUAAAGGUGUGCAAGGACCAAAAGGUGACCAAGGAGAAAAGGGGAGCCCAGGGCAGGAUGGGCCAAGAGGAUUUCCCGGACAACCAGGGCAGAAGGGUGAAAGCGUCUUUGUUUACCGCUCAGCCUUCAGCGUGGGACUGACAGAGCGAGCCCCUCCACCCAAUGUCCCUAUUCGCUUCAGCAAAAUCUUCUACAACGAGCAGAGCCACUAUGACACUAGCACGGGCAAGUUCCUGUGUAACAUCCCAGGCACAUAUUACUUUGCGUACCACCUGACAGUGUACCUGAUGGAUGUCAAGGUCAGCCUCUACAAGAAGGACAAGGCAGUGAUCUUCACCUAUGACCAGUUCCAGAAGAACAAUGUUGACCAAGCAAGCAGCUCCGUCUUGCUGCACCUUAGCACCGGGGAUGAGGUCUGGCUUCAGGUGUACGGGGAGGAGGGCAAAAACGGCAUCUAUGCUGACAACAUCAACGAUUCCAUUUUUAUGGGCUUCCUCCUGUACCCAGACCUGGAUGUCCAUUAAAGUAGAGGGUCCUGCAUGGGCAAGGAUGAGGUGGCUUAACCCCAGACAGUGUUCUGGGGCACUGGCGCUAUAGCUAUACUGUAUUUACCAGAAAACUGCCUUUUACGUGGGCAACAAUUGCCUAGGGUGGAUCCUAUCUUCUGUGAAAUCAGUGAGGUUACACAUGAGUGACUUCCAUGAGACCACGAGUUCACUCCUGCCUCUGCUCUUGAUCUCCUUCUGGAAACCUAGGCCCAAAGUCAAACACCGUUCCUGACACAUCAUUAAAGAUUAACUCUCAAGACAGUCUAAACAUUUUAUGUGAAUUUGAAAGUGAUAAGAGGAAAAGAAGUUAUAUUAAAAUAUCACAUUCCCUUUUACUUUAAAUUUAAUUCAAAUUUCCCUUUUUUAACCAUCCAAAUUAAUUUAAACCAUUGGUACAUAUUUUAGCCAGCAUUUUAAAAUUUAAGUAGGAGGGAGAGAAGACUAUUCACAAAAGCCACCUCUGCUCCUGUUUCCAGCUGGAAGAGAUAGCUCAUUUUUUUCCAUCUUAACUCCCUGUCUCACUGGGGCCUUUGACUUCCACUCAUGGUUUGUUGUCUCCCUUCUUUAGCCCAGAUCUUUACAUAUAUUCAGAUUAUGAACUUUCAUUGAUUUUAAUCCUUCAGUUUUCCUUUUAUGUUUAUCCCUAUUGUUAUCUCUAACAUAGACAGCAUGCUCGGUUAGGGCAGGGAUCUUCUUUUUGAUUUAUCUGAAAAGCCGCCUGAAUGCCCGUGAGGCUACACAGCAAAAGCAGCCAAUUGACUACAUGACUUCGGGUUUUUAAGUUGGCCAUGAAUGUGUUGGCCGCACAGCUCAGAAAUGACAGCAGCUUCCCUGCAAACACCUUGCCUGAACAGGGAACGUAAGGUCCCUCAAGGCUCCUGGGUAGAGGGGACCUCAGGUCCCCUCCCAAAACACUCACCAGGCACUGGAAGCAAUGGCUCAGAUACUUGUUCGGCCAGAGGCCAUCAGCAUGGGGCACAUGAGCAGUUUCCACCUGUAAGCUGGCAGGGUCCUGGCCCACCUCCCCUCUGAAGAGCUCCCAAGCAGUCAGAAGUUGAGAGUUAGAAACCUUUUUCCAUAUGGUGUGUGCCAUUGGCAAUGGCUGGCACACCAGCUGGGCAGAGCAUCAGGCGGUGCAGCCUCGCAUGCGGAUGGGCUCCUGGGAUGAACACCCUCAAGAUCUGCCCCAACUCUCAGCAAGGGUAGCUCACUGGGGGAAGAGCAUUAAGGCCAAUAUUAGUAGCGCUCCCACUGAACUGCUCUCCAAGGAACUUGCUUGACUUAGCUAAAAGAGGAUUUGAUGGCUUCUCAGCUAUGUUCAAAGACGACUCCCACUAAGCUUCAGAACAAGUUAACGCAGAGCUAAUGAAUUAUUACAAGCAAAAAAACAGCAUUAAGAGCUUCAACUGAAAUUACUUCCCACAGCAGCAUUUUCUACACUCCACUGAAUUAUCACAUCACAAAUGAUAACAAUAAACAACUCUUUCAAUGA